GUUGCAUGCAGCAGCAGCAGCAGCCGCAGCCGCAAGCCAAACGGAGACGCGUGUGCCGCAAGUCGCUCGAUCGGAAGGAAAUCUCAUUUCAGUGCCGACUUACGACAAAAUGCAAAAAGUUAUGCAUACGCCGCGUUAGCCCCGAAGCCAACUGUUGUGCGUGCGUGUGCCUGCCGCGGGUGUAAGCACGCUUGCCACCUGCCACACUUGAUGCCCUUGACAUUGGCAACGUGCUAGUGCUCGAUCUUCACCAGAACACAAAUAUUCCAAAACUAGAGUAAAUUGACGCAGAACGUUUGCUGCCAGCCCUCGGCACAAUUAAGUGAAGCUGUUGCACGUUGCAAGCAGCUACGGCGCUGCACUCGGUGAAGCAACAUAAGCAAAUCAAAACACACAAUAUAAACAAGAACUUUCGCUCAAUCGACUUAAAGUUAAAGUCCCCUUUGGACUGCAUUUUGAGAGUCUGGAGUCGAGGCUCAGCAUGCGGCUGACCAUUGACACGGCUCGGCGCAAGGAGGAGCUGCUCAAGUUGUGAGCGCAAUGUCCACUCGGCCCACAUGUCCCACAUGGAACGGAACACGCCCACUUUGGAGGCAAUGGCCGUGCCAGCGGCCGUGCAGCGGUUGCACCGACCGCCGGAUGUGGAGACGGCGCUCUCAUCAAUGCUAUGGACGCCCUACGAUCGGGCAGGCAGCUCCACCUCGGAGGAGGACGACGAGGAGGAGGCCCAGGUGGAGGCGGAGGACGAGGACGAGCGCCUCAAUCGCAAGUUGCGCAAGUCCCACAGCAGCUACGAGGCGAGAAAUCACCUAUCAAUUGUGCCACCUGCUGCAACACCUGUAGCCGCCACUCCUCCCGUGCCUUUCCUCAGUUUCAAUAAGGCGAGCCAUCGCAAUCGCUAUUCGUAUCCAAGCUACUAUGGCAGUCCGGCUCACACGCUCAUCCAGUGGUGCUCCUCGAAAGCGACGGCGAUCAAGGAGCCGCCCUCUUACGACUCCCUCUACCAGCCGGGUGUAUCCGGCGUGGGCGUGGCCAGGGCUAGCCUGGCAGCCGUCGUCCAGCUGCCGACAAACUACAGUCUACAAUGUGAUAGAUCGCAACGAUCCCCAGCAAACGAAAUUCGAGAAGACGAAGACGAAGACGAUGAAGAUCGACCCAAGAAACUAACGGCAAAUGUUCCAGCAGAGCGCCUGGUGCGCUCCUUUACGGAUGAUUACAUAUCGCAGAACUGCGCAUUAUUCACGCCUGCGACAAACGACACAGAAACCGAAACAGCAAUAACGGCAACGAGUCAAAAGCAAAUGCGAACAACAGCAACGAAGGCAAGAUCACAACAAAGUGCAGAGAGCCAGAGCGACAGCAAAGCGAAUUGCAUUAUCAAUGAAAACAGCGACAAAGAAGACGACAACGGCGAUGAGCGAGAAAUGGCAACGACAGCAGAAAGAGUAAGCGAGGAAACACAAGGCACAGUUGCAGUCGACGAUGAAGUUGAAGUCGACGUCGACAUCGCAGUCUCGGUCGGAGUGCAGGUCAAUCAACCUGUUUCCUGUGCAGCAGCAGCAGCAGCAGCAAAGGCAACCCAGCGCAGUCGCAGCCGCAGUCGGAGUCGCUGCCAAAGAGAGCACGCAACAGCGACUGAGAGAGCUACAGCAGCAGCGACGUCGGCAGCGUUGCUCUCUUCCAGUGGUUGCUCAAGCCAGUUUCGUUCGGCAGCGGCGAUCAGUCUCUCGAGUUCGUUCGGCGCGUGCACAACUGAGGUGCAGAGUGGCGUCAAUUAUUAUACUAACAGAAAUCACAGUAACCGUAAUAGCAACAACAUUCACAAGUUGUCGUCGUGGUUGUCGCGGGGGCGCAACAACAACAACAAUAACAACAAUAGCAAUAGAAACAUUAAUUUGAGCUCCGACGCGCUGCGCCCCAACAAAUGUUUGGCAGAACUCGAACGUUUGUAUGCCGAAUUUCGUGCAAGUGAAAGUUUGUUUGAGCAUCGGCUCAACGAUAUCGAUACCGAUACCGAAACCGAUUCCGAUAACGAUAACGAUAAUACAAGAGCUAUCGCUAGCGAGACGAUGCGUUUGAAUGUGGCUGCAGAGCCGCCAACAGCAACGGCAGCAACAGCAGCUACACAGACAGCAAAAGUUGCUGCCACUAGCAACAGCAGCAGCAUUUUUCUUAGCAACAGCAGCAACAGCAACAGCAAUAGCGAUGCCAAAGGCAUUUGCAAUAUUGCAAUACUGCCAACAGCUAGCAAAUUCUGUCAGCAACAGCCAAGUCUCACAAUACAGGUGAACAAUAACAACAACAACAACAACAAUAACACCAACAGCAACAGCAACCACAAUCAGCAGACAUCAACAGCAACUACAACUGCAGCACCAUCGCCUGCAGAGUCCAGCAGCAACAACAACACUAACGUUUGUGUCGUCAAUUGCAAUUAUAGCAACAGCAGCAACAACAACCACAACAACAACAUCAACAACAGCAUUGUUGCCAUCAAUAAUAAUUGUGUGCCAGCAACCAAAAAAGUGUUUAGUGCAAGUGUACAAAAUAAGUUAAAUGAUAGUAAUAAUAAUGCUAAUGCUAAUGCAAAUAAUAAUAAUAAUGCCAAUAAUAAUGAUAAUGAUAAUGGUAAUGUGAAUCUGAAUCUGAAUCUGAAUGUGCCCAGUGUUGAUAACAGUGUACAGGUGAUUAACGUGAAUGCCACGCCCACAGCCACACGCACUUUCACCUCGACCGAAUGCCAGACGGAUGAUCUAAGCAGCAGCAACAACAACAACAAUAGCAACAAUACUGUAGAGCAAGAGCAGCAACAGUUGCAGUUGCAGCAGCAAUCACAGCAGCAGCAACAGUUGCGCACACGCGAGCAACGUCGACGCGAGCGUCGCGAACGUCGCCAGCAGCAGCAACAGCAACAGCAGCAGCAGCAGCAAUUGCAAUUGCAACAGCAACAGUUGCCGCCUACGCACGUGCGUCGACCGCCGCACCUGCAACAUCCGCAUCCGCAUCCACACUCGCAUCCACAUCCGCAUUCGCAUCCGCAUCCUGCUGCUUUGGGCUUGGCUCGCGCUCUAUUGCCGGACAUUUUGCAUAGCCACGCCCAUUAUCCGCCGCCCUACAGUGCGCUGCCAGGUGGCGCCGUUGCGCCACCGCCCCUGCCGCCACCCCCACAAUCAGGCGCAGCAGCAGCAGCAGCAGCUGCACUGCCUCUGCCGCCGCCUCCGCCUCCUGCACCAGUGCCGCUGCUGGCGCCUGUGAUAUCGACGGUGCCACUGCCAGGAGCAGCGCCUUUGAUGAACGACGGACGAUUCACCUUGCCGCUGCCCAUCAUGCGCAGAUCUCCCUCGGAGCGUUCGGGCAAAGGCUGCUGCGGCCAAUGGUUCGCCGGACCGCCGCUGCGUGCGCUCAUAGCCGUCGUAGCCCUAGGGGGCGUGGCGUGCGCCCUUGGCGGCGCGGCCCUGGGCGCCACAGGGCUGGCCGGGCCGUCCAACUCGCAUCUGACUGCAGCGCUGCUAAUGAUUGGAGUGGGCGUGGUGCUGGUCACAGUGAGCGGCGCCGCCUGGCGAAUGACGGCGCCCGGUGGUCAGAGCUGCCUCGGCCUGGGUCUGGGCACCAGCGUCGACCUGGCCCGCUGUGGAAGGAGGCCCUGCACCCGAGGAGGCGGUGCACCCCAUGGCCUGCUCUAUCCGGAGUUUCAGCAUAGACCACCGCCACCCUCGUACCAGGCCAGCAUGCAGGAAUAUCGACUCAGACUUUUGCUUUUGGAUCGCGAUCGUCAGAAUGGAGUGGUGCGCGGCAAUUCCCCGCCGCCCACAUAUCGAUCUCAUGCUGGCAGCUUGCUGAGAGCCCCUUUGAGCACCUUGCGUGCCGGCAUGGGCGGCGGCGGCACCAUCAGCAGCAGCAUGGGCGGCUCGGAGUACAGUUUGCCGCCCAGCUAUCGCUCGCGCAACGCCACGCCCUCUUCGGUCGAGCGGACCAUCGAGACGGCGCCCUCGGGGCGGCUGCUGGCCAAUGAGGAUUUGCCGGAGCUGUCCGGCGAGCAAUUGCCAGACUACAGCGCGCUGCAGUCGAAUACUUUGCUCACCUCGGCCAUUGUGGAGAUCGAAGCCAGAAACCAGGAGCAGCAGCAGCAGCAGCAGCAGCAGGCGACGACGACGACGACGACGUCGACCAGCAAGGGUAAAGGCGAUCUGGUGACAAUUGUCACCAUCUCCCAGGCGGACGUGCAUGCGGCCAACAGAGCGCAGCCACAGGCAGCGGGGCAGGCGAGCACGCUCGAUCAGAUCGACAUAUUGGCGCACCUGUAGCCCAGCUGCUUAGCUCAAGCUUAAGGCCUAUUUUUUUUUUUUUUUGUUAAACUGAAACACUCGUUAACCCAAAGGUAUUUAUUUGUACGAUACGAAAACUAAAAGAGAAAAGAAGGAAACUCUGCUCCUAAAUGAUAGCACGAAACAACUUUGAUAUCUAGAUAUAGAUAAGCGGCAUUUAGUUAAGAUAUAUAUACAUACUAUAUGUUUGUUGUACUUGAAUGUGUUGAAUUUAUUUUUGUAUAGCAUAUAAGUGAGUGCUGCGAAACUAACUCUCAUAUAUUGUAUGUACUCUAUAUAGAUGCGAAAGUAUUAGAAGAAGAUUAUUCGAGCAACCAAUCCAUAAUCCCAUAAAUACUAAAGAUAUAUCAAAGUCUUGUAAAUAUUUCGAGUGCAUGCAUUAAGUCUAGAUUUUUUGCUCCACUAUCCAAAUAUAUAUUAUAUAUAAAACAUAUUGAAUGAAUCUGAUGUAAAUUCGCAACGGAACGCUACGGUGACAAAUUUUGCGCGCAUAUUCGAUGGAACGAAUCGAACGGAAACUGAAAAUGAAAACUGAUUUCUGCAUGCGUUUCAAACAUAACAUAAAAAAUAAAAUACAAAUAAUUAAUAAUAAUUAAAGCGAAACAAAUACAAGUAAACUAAAUAGAAAUUGUAGCGCUGUUGUUAUCUAACACGGAUCGUGCAUAAGUACAAUACAGUUAGAAAAUACUAUGUAUGUAUUCUAUAUAUAGUAUAUAUAUAGAUAUGCUAAAUAUUAUCUUGAAGCCCGCUGCUGGCUGAAAUAAACUAAAAACCAAAAACAUCUGCAAAAAUGUAAUGUUGAUAAAAUGCCACGAAAA